CUCAGAGGUGGCCUUGGCUGGUGGAAGGAGCCCCCGCGCCUCUGUCCUAAGAAAAGCCUAGAAAGGGACGGGGCCUGCUGCUCUGUGCCUGGUCAGGGUUCUUGCCUCCUGGGCUCAUUUAAUGCAUUUCAGUGGUGUCCCUUGGGAGGAAUACGGUGGACACUCAUCUACCGAUCAAUGGAUGAAUCACCACAGCCCCCGUGUGGCACCCUUCCGUGUCAUGGGCAAGGAGAGGCGGCCCCACCUCUUAAUCCCUGGGUUCUGAUUCGUGGUGACAGUUGCCUGCCAGCCCUGCUCAGGACCGCUGCUCCGCUGCUCUCCGUGGUUUCAGCUGUGGGCGGCCGUGUCAGCCUGCCGUGUGAGGCUCACGUCACCCGUUGCUGCAGUUAUCUCCCAAAUCAGGCUGAGGGGCUCUGCUGUGAACACAGGGACGGUCGGGUCACAAGUCGCCUCCAGGUCUGGAGGGCCGGGGCCCCUCAGACUUGCCAUGGGACCUGCCAGAUGCAUUUGGGAAGGUGAGUCAGUAGCUGGGACUUCCCAACAGCUCGAGUUGGUGUGAAGCACAGGGGGCAAAGGGGUGGGCAGCCGGCUGGCCCUGGCCCGGGAAGGGCCCAUGGAGGAGCCUCGCAAGUGCAGUGUUUGGGAGCAUUGCCUUGUUUUACCUUGGGCAUCUCCAGGGAUGAGAAUGUCAGACUCCUUCCAGGCCUGCAGGGGUCGUGAGUGCCUCUGGGCAGAGGAGGCCACUGAGCUGCUGGCAGGUUUCUAAUUAGGGAAGAGAGUUUGCUUCCUUGAUGACUGAGCUCGCCUGGGUGGGCAUGAGUGCGAGGGGGUGUUCUGGGGCCGCAUGGGCUCAGCUGUGACGGCCACGAGUGGAGAUGGGGUCCAGGCCAUGGGACUGGUAAAGCCCCUUCAAACCCUUUGCCUUUGGGGGUCUUUAGGGCAGAAGAGCAGCCGGGAGUCUGGGGAUCUCCCUUGGAGCUGUGGGUGGGGCAGCCAGUGAGGGUGGGAUUGCAGAAGGAGGGUCAGCUCAGCGAGGGCAGAGAAAGCGGGGAGAGGGUUUAUGCUCAAGUAACGCCCCCCAGACCUCCUCCCAGGUGCCCCAGGCUUUACAGCAUCUGGAGGCAAGGGCAGUGUCUGCGGGGACAGCUGGGUGCAGGGGCAGCAGUGUAAGUCCAGCACUUCUCCCGCGGGAGGGGCCUGGUGUGGGAGGCGGCACAGCAAUGAGCUUUGCUGACACAGUGGCACAGAGGCAGUGAGGGAUACCCAAGGGGCGCUGGGCAGAGGAGGCCACUUGGCAGGUGCGGGAAGAGUAGGGGCGUUUUUUGCCCCCAUUUGACCUCCAGGGCCCCCCAAAGAGAGGUCUGUUGACAUCCUUAUUGUAGCCCUGCCCACAGCCUCUACCGGCUCCCUGUUCCUGUUGUGAGCCGACUGGGCCUGGCUCGGGGUGUCUGGUCUGGCUAGGGGGACAGACCCCGGGGCUCAGAGAGGGCUUCACAAGGAAGAGGCAUGUGAUGGGGAAGGAGGCCAGGCAAGAGGGUCCAGUGUGAGAGAAGGCCGGGCUCCUCUGCCCCUUCUAGCUCUCAGGUGUCCCUGUGGGUCCUGUCCACCCCAUGCCUGCCUCCCGAGCCUGCUGAGGUUGCAGGCACGCCACUCUGCACUCUCAAGCCAUCUGCUCCUGGGUUAGCCUGGGUUAGGGUUGGGCUGGCCGGAUUCUGCACAGAUGCAGGUGUCCCUCCUCUGCUGGGGCAGUGGCUGUCCACCCUGGAGCCCGGGUCACCUCUUAGCUGGGAAGUGGCUGUUAUGCCCGAGCUCCCACUGGAUCCUGGUGCUCACUCUGAUCUGUCCUCACACACCCUGGGAGUGAGCUGUUGUCCCGCUGCUCCCCUGCUCCAUCCAGUAACUGCUACUGCUGGGUAAACUUGCCUGGGCCUCUCAUGCUGCGGCUGGUGGUGCCAGGUGAUGCUCCAUCCUAGGGAAGGGUGGGGUCUUCCUGAUUGCUGAUCUUAACAGGGCUCCGUCCUCUGGGUGCAUGCAUAGGCUGCUGGUGGUGCGGGGCGGGGCUAGCGUGGUGUCUGUUGCCUGAGAGGGUGUGUGGGCUCCCUGAGGGCCUACAUGCUGUGGUCUGUGUGCAUGUCUGCUUCUUUUUGCUUCCUUAUCACCCAUCAGGUUUGCACGACCAGGCUGGCCCUGCUUCCUGCUCAGGAGCUAUCAGUAUACCAUCUGGAGCUGCAAAUAGGGUGAUGGGGCAUCAGCAGCCUGCCGGCACCAGGCACUUCCUAGCACCCAGCCCCUGUCUCCAGCUAACCUCUGGCUCUCCCGGGGAUCCUGGGGCCUGGAAGGCACUCUAGCACUGAGCCUGGCUCUCCUGGGAUGCUCUCCUCCACAGGGCACCUUGGAACAGGGGUGUGACAGUUUAGGAAGUGCCGUCUGUUGCAUGGACACCCCACUGCCAUCCUCCUGCCCUUUUCUAGGGCAGAACACUGGGACAGGUCUUUAUUUAAGGAAACCAAGGUGAGAGAGGAUUUGCCAAAGUUAGCUGUGUGACCCUGGGCAAGGUGCUUCCCCUCCUUGAGACUCAGCUCCCUUGUGGGCUGGGACAGGCUUCCCACGCACAUGGCUGUUGCGGGAAUUCACAUGGAUCAUGCAUGUCACGCAGUUGGCACUGUGUGACACCAGAGGGUUCGGUAAAUCUUAUCUGUGGCUGUUGCCAAUGGUGACUGAUUCCCUUCACCCUGCGUCCCCUGCAGGUGGGGACCUGGGCCCAGAGAUGGGGGCUGGGCUGGCAGAGGACGCUGGUCCCAGAAAGGAGCUCGGACCGUGCUGCCCAGCCGCUUUCAUGGGACACAAUGAGGGUGUGGGUGGGGACCCACUCGGUGUACUCUGCUGGGGAGCACCCCUCACAGAGAGUCAGUCUCACAGAACAUGCCUCACGUGGAGCACCCAAUGAGGAGCACCCCUCACAGGGAGUUGACAUAACAGGAAAUGCCUCACCCAAUGAGAAGCACCUCUCACAGGGAGUCGACCUCACAGGACAUGCCUCAUGGGAGCACCCAAUGAGGAGCCCCCAUCAGGGGAAUACUCACAGGAAAUCCCUCACAGGGAGCACCCAAUGGGGAGCAUCUAUCACAGGGAGUAGACCAGAGAAUGCCUCACAGGGAGAACCCAAAGAGGAGCACCCAUCAAGGGAGUACUCCUCACAGGAAAUGCCUCAUAAGGAGCAUCCAAUGGGGAGCAUCUUUCACAGGGAGGAUCUCAUGAGGAGCCUCCCAUUGUGGGUGCUCCUCACACGGAGCCCCUCAGGCCAGUCCCUUGCAGGUUGGACUUGGGAGAGCGAGGCCCUGACACGAGAGACGGGCACCUGGCUCCUGAUCUGCACCUGCAUCAGUACCUGGGUCGGCUUGGGAGUCUCUGUCCCAGGGGAAGGAGGAGGGCUAGGGGCUGGAACUUUCACCUGCCUCACCAACAACGUCCUCAGGAUUGACUGCCACUGGGCUGCCUCAGAGCUGGGCCAGGGUGCCAGCCCCUGGCUCCUCUUCACCAGCAACCACGCGCCGGGCAGCGUGCACAAGUGCGUCUUCCAGGCCAGUGUGUGCACCCUGGUGCUGCCGCCCGAGGAGGUGCUCGUGCCUUCUGACAACUUCACCAUCACUUUCCACCGUGACAUCUCUGGGAAGGAGCAGGUCAGCCUGGUGGACCCACAGUACCUGCCCCGGAGACAUGUGAAGCUGGAUCCUCCGUCUGACUUGCAGAGUAAUGUCAGCUCUGACUCCUGCGUCCUGACCUGGAGCAUCACUCCCGCUUUGGAGCCGCUGACCUCGCUCCUCACCUAUGAGCUGGCCUUCAAGAGGCAGGAGGAGGCCUGGGAGCGGGCGCGGCACAAGGAUCGCAUUGUUGGGGUGACCAGGCUCAUCCUUGAAGCUGUCGAGCUGGACCCUGGCACUACCUAUGAGGCCAGGCUUCGUGUUCAGAUGGCCACAGCAGAGGACGAUGUGGCGGAGGAGGAUCGCUAUGAGGGCCAGUGGAGUGAAUGGAGCCAGCCCGUGCGCUUCCCCUCCCCUCAGAGACGCGGCCCCCUGAUCCCACCUUUGCGGCAGCCCGACAGCACCCUUGUCGCUGUGUCCAUCUUUCUCCUGCUGACCAGCCUGACCUACCUCUUGUUCAAGCUGUCCCCCAGGGUGAAGAGAACCUUCUAUCAGAACGUGCCCUCUCCAGUGAUGUUCUUCCAGCCUCUCUACAGUGUGCACAACGGGAACUUCCAGAGCUGGACAGGGGCCCACAGGGCUGGUCUGCAGCUGAGCCAGGACUACGUCGGUGCCCAGCGGGGAGCCUUGGAGCCCGGCGUUCAGGAGGACAUUGCACUGCUCACCUACGACCCGGCACAUCCCUGGCAGUCAGUGGGCCUGGAGGAGGCGGGCAUUGGCACCGGCCUCCCUGUGGAGUGGGGAGGGCAGCUGCCUGCCUACCUGCCGCAGGAGGACUGGGUCCCUGUGGGCCCCGCCAGGCCAGCACCCCCACAGCCAGAGGGCAGCAGCAGCGACUACUGCGCCCUGGGCUGCUAUGGGGGGUGCCACCCCUCGACAUUCCCAGGAAGCAUGCAGAGCUCCGGGCCCACCCUGGCCUUGGCCUGUGGCCAUUCCUGUGACCAGCAGAGCCUGGAUGCCCAGCAUGGAGGUGCCCAUGUGGGAGCUGGUCAUGGUCAGACGCAAGACCCUGGUGAACAGGCUGCAUGAGGAUCUCCAGGGCAUUUGUUCCCUCCUACCCCUGGCAGACAGCAGGCUCAGUUUGGGAGGUUCUAGAGCCCUGACUUGGCCAGCUGAAUCAUGUCCAUUUUGGGGAAAACAGACUAAAGUCUCUGGACAUGACCCUUUACUGGACUGGACCUUCUGCAGAGGGCCACCUGUGCAGUGGUCAGACGUCCAGUGUAGAUGAAGGCAGAGGCUCUGCCAGCCCCACCCCAUCCAGCACUGGGGGGAGGGGCCUCUGCCUUCUGCGUCCUGCCAUCCAGGCCCCUGCCCGACUUCCCACCCUGCUUUCUGGUUUGACCCCAGGCCCCUCUGAGAAGAGGGGUGUUGACCCCACAGCCUGUUCUGCCCUCACCCCCUUAAAGGGCCAGCCCGGGCCUAGGGGACAUGGGUUAGAGUCUGUGACAGGCCGACUGUCCUCUCUGCUCCUUCCUGAGGCUCUUCUGCUCCUGAGAUCACAGGGCAGCGGGAGGCUGUUCCAAACUGCCAGUGGCGGGGAGACGGGCCCAGAGGAGGUGUGGGGGGCUGGUCUGCUCUUCCUGGGCUUUCUGGGCUCCAGGAAUAGCAGGGUGGAGGGCCAGUGGCCACUCUAUGGAGGCCAUGCCCCCGACCCUCUUAUCCUCUCCUCUAUGGGCCCCAGGAGGCGGAGAGCUGUGGCCAGAGCUCCUGGACAGUCAGGGCCAGAAGUGACCGCCAGCACCGGUCUGUGAAGGGCCCUGCCUCUGCUCGGCCCUGCAGUCUGCAGGCAGUGAGGACAGUGUAGGGGGUGCCUGUGCCGUCUCCCAGGGCUGCUGUGACAAAGCCCCACAAACCGGGCGGCUUAGAACUACACAGAUACAUUCCCUCAUAGACCUGGAGGCUGAGAGACUGAAGUCUGGGUCUCAGGGCCGUGGUUCAGGGCUUCCACCAGGCCUGGACAGCACAGCUUCAGUCUUCACCGGGCAUUUUCCCUGUUGUCUCUGUCGAAAGUCCCCCUUGUUAUCCCAACACAAUUGUAGUGGAUUGGGGCUGACCCGAGUGACUUCAUCUUGGCUUGACGGCCUGCAAAGACCCUAUUUCCAUAUAAGGUUGCUUUCACAGGUGCUUGAGGGUUAGGACUUGAACUUAUGAAUUUUGGGGGAACACAGUUCAGCCCAUAACAGUGUCCCUGACUCUGCCCAGGGCGCCAGGGGCCCUCCCAGUGCACGCCCGUCACUCUGACUGGGCGCCUCCGGCAGCAGACCCUGUUCCUCCCGGCUGCUGGACCUGGGCUGGUGCUGACAUCCUCUGCCUGGGGAGGGCUGGGACGAGACUGUUCCGGGGUUGGAGGUGCUGAGGUUCAGAGGGGCGGAUAAAAUGGGGGCCUAUCUCUCUCUGGGUGCUAACCUCUCUGUGGGUCUCCAGUGUCCCCUGUGGCCUGGGCAGAAAAAAGCACUUGCUGCCCCAGGGUCCCAAAGGCAAAGGUCCCUCUUGGCUCAGACAGGCACCCCUCCUUCUGUGUGCCUGUGGAGCCUCUGAGGGUUUGUGGGGAGCCUCAGCGGGGCCGGAUUCUGGUCAGAGGGGUAGGCGGGACCCAGAAUGUAUCUUUAGUAUACAGAGAGCGAGAGGGGAGUGGAUGGAAGUCAGAUGCACGCAUCCUCUGCUCUAACCAAGUAUAAAAAUACUGGCUUGAAUCCACUUCCUGGAGCCAAGCCCCGGGCAGCCCCAGCUGGUGUAUUUAUAACAGCAUCUGUGUGGCUCGUGUGGCUUCACGUGGGACCUGGGCCACCUGCAUGUAACCCUACCGUGGGGACGCCUCUGCCGUGCGGCCAGGCACAGCGUUCGCACACUUUCUCUGCAAGGCGCCAGGAGACCUGACGCUGAGUGUGAAGCGGCUCAGAGGUGUGUGAGUGUCGGUGAGUCACGCUGACACCUCCUGGAGUGGCUGUGAGUUCACCUGGCAAGGUGCCUGCACAUCAAGGGGCUCAGAAAACACUAAUUUCGCUGUUGAGAUGAGACACGCCUUGGAAGCCGUGUGCUGAGGUCCGGUUUACAGUGGAGCAAGGUCUGAAAGAUCUGGAUCCCCGAGGAGGGAGGUGCUCGUCGCCGGGCAUCUGUAAGCAGCUGGAAAGAAGCUGGCCCGGGACUGGAAUUACGAAAUGCUGGUGGCUGGAGGAGUUGCAUGGACAGCAUGGCUGGAGCACAAAUGUCUGACAUGAGGCUGGCCAGGCCCCAGGCAGCGCUGGACUGGGGAGGGCCUUGAAGGCCAGGCCAAGGGAGCAGUGAGGGAAGAGGACACGUCUAAGCAAGGGGAUGCCGCGGAAUAGUUUCUUUUUCUUUGUUUUUCAAUGAGAUAAAAAAUUCAUAUAACAUAAAAUUAA